AGCAGGCAGGCAGGCAGGCAGGCAGGAGUGUAGCUGUGGAGGAAAGACUGCAGCAACGUGCAGCAGCCACUGUCUGAUCUGGUUCUGGGGACACGAAGCACAGGGAGCCACGGAGCGGCCGAGCGAGAGAGCGGGAGAGAGGGAGAGCAGUGUAGCGUUAUCUCACACAGGCACACGCAUGUGUCGGUGUGCGUGCGCGAGCGGGCGGGCGUGCAUGCAUGCGUGACGCGAGUGCACGUGAGCGCGUGUGUGCGCGUGCCUCUCUGCGCCGGUAAGGAGCGAUGCAUUUCAGGAGCAGAUAGCUCAUGUUAUCCGGCCUCUUCUACCUCUGCAUCCCAUUCACCCUGCUCCUCCCACCAAAGUCUUCCUCCGCCUCCUCCUCCUCCUGCUGCUGCUGCUGCUACUGCUGCUCUACGGCAUCAUUAGACAGGACCACAGGCUGACCGGAGACUGGUGAGCACCAGAUGGUCCCAGGUUUUGUACCGGCUGAAAUGUGUCGGCGGCUAAUGCUACGUCUACGCCUUGCCUAACUGUUGGAUUUGACUGCUGGCGUCUUCCUUUUUUUUUUUUUCUUUUUUUUUUUCGCUCUUUUUUUUUCGAAACCGCGCAUUUGAAAAAGGCAGAGGACGAUCCCUAAAUCCCAGGUGAAACGAGGAAUCGCUGGAUGCGUCUGUGUGUGCGUGUGUCAUCCUUUACUGGUGUUGCCGUUGGCGCAGUUCCCUCUAUUUUCCGCGGUUGUUGUUUCCCUUUUCUCUGAGACGGGGCUAGCAGGCACUGCAGCACUAGCACUGCAAGAGCCGUGAACGUGUGGGGCAUGAGGACCCAGCGACCACCCAGCGGAAGGGCUUGACUGCUCCCAUCGCACCGCUACAACUGCUGCUGUACUUCUGAGCUGAGUGAUUGGGGACAGCGGGCGGGAAGAGAAGAUGCUUAUGGCCCGAGACACGGCGAGGGACGAGGCUCAGAAGCUGCACAGGAAAUGGCUGAAGCACCAGGCCUUCAUGGCCGAGCUGGCCCGCAACAAGGAAUGGCUGGCCAAGAUAGAGCAGGAGGGCCAGGACCUGAUCCAGGAGAAGCCAGAGCUGCGGCCGGUGGUGCAGCAGAAGCUGGAGGAGAUCCGGGAGUGCUGGUCCGACCUGGAGCGGACCACCAAGGCCAAGGCCCGGCAGCUCUUUGAGAACAACAAGCCGGAGCCGGCGGUCAAGAGCUACUCGGACCUGGACAGCCAGCUGUCUCACCUGGAGCGCCAGCCCCCCCAGCUGGAGCAGGCACACCACCUGCCCACCUUCAAUGAGCAGCUGCAGAAAUUCCAGACCAUGGAGUCCCAGAUCGGGGACAUAUACAAGGAUGUGAGCGAUCUGGGCAGCCUGCAGGGAGUGUGCCUGCCCCAGCGGGUGGCCGGCAACAGGGAAGGCGGAGAGCAGUCAGGCGUGGUGGAGACACGCAUCGUCCGGCUCAUUGAGCCCCUGAAGGAGAGACGCCGCAUCCUGCUGGCGUCCAAGGAGAUGCACCAAGUGGCUCAGGACCUGGAGGAUGAGAUACUGUGGAUUCAAGAGAGGCUUCCCUUGGCGUCCUCUAAGGAGUACGGCAACAACCUGCAAAGUGUACAGCAACAUGUGAAAAAGAACCAGACCCUCCAGAGGGAGCUGACGGGCCGGUGUGCGCGGGUGGAGGAGGUGCUAGACCGGGCGGGCAUCAUCGCCUCCCUGCGGACCCCCGAGGUGGACUUUGUGCGCGAGGGGGCGGGGCACGUGAGGCAGCUGUGGGAGGUGCUACGGCUGGAGGCGGAGCGGCGGUCUGUGAUGCUGGACGCCGUGCUGCAGGCACAGCAGUACUACAGCGAGGCCGUCAAGGUCGAGUCCUGGCUGUCCGGGCAGAAGCUGCAGGUCGCCAACGAGGAGAAGGGCACCGAUGAGGAGAGCACUCUGCAGCUGCUUAAGGGACACCUGGUCCUGGAGCAGACCGUGGAGACGUAUGCAGAGACAGUAGGCAUGCUGUCCCAGCAACGCCAACGCCUGCUGGAACUGGGGCACCCAGAGAGCCAGCAGAUCACCAAGCAGCAGUCCCACAUAGACCGGCUGUACGUUUCCCUGAAGGACAUGGUGGAGCACCGCAAGACCAAGCUGGAGCAGCAGUACUGGAUGUACCAGCUCAACAAGGAGGUGGAGGAGCUGGAGAAGUGGAUCACCGAGCGAGAGUCGGUGGCCAGCUCCACCGAGCUGGGCCACGACCUGGAGGACGUCACGGUCCUUCAGGAGAAGUUCACCAAGUUCACCAUGGAGACGGACAGCGUGGGCCAGCAGCGGAUGGAGCAGGUGAACAAGAUGGUGAACGAGAUGAUCGACCUGGGCCACACCGACGCCGCCACCAUCGCCGAGUGGAAGGACGGGCUGAACGAGUCCUGGGCCGACCUGCUGGAGCUGAUGGAGACGCGCAGGCAGAUGCUGAUCGCGUCCCAUCAGUUGCACAAGUUCUUCACAGACUGCAAAGAGGUCUUGGCUCAGAUCGCGGGGAAGAUGAGGCAGCUGCCAGAGGUGAGGGCGUGCCAGGCCAGCAUCGCCAACCCAGCCACCCUGCAGAGGCUCAUGCACUCCUUCGAGCACGCCCUUCAACUGCUCGUCGCGCAGGUAAGGCAGCUUCAGGAGAACGCUGCCCAGCUGAGAACCAUCUAUGCUGGGGAGAAGGCGGAGGCCAUCAUGGUGAAAGAGAUGGAGGUGAUGGAGGCGUGGAGGCAGCUGCUGACCUCCUGCGAGGCCAGCCGGGUCCAGGUGACCUCGGUGACGGACAAGGUGCAGUUCUUCUCGGUGGUGCGCGAGAACCUCAUGUGGAUGGAAGGCAUCAUGGGCCAGAUCCGAUGGGAUGAACCCAGGGAUGUGUCAAUGCUGGAGCUGAUGAUGAAACAACACCAAGAGCUGAAAGCCAAGAUGGACAACCGCAGUAAAACCAUACAGCAGUGUGCCGACCUGGGGAAGAUCCUAUUGGCUGCUGGUAAUCCUGCAGCUGAGGAGAUAAAAGAGAAGCUUGACAGUCUCCUGGCCAAGCAGAAGGAUCUGGUUGAGAAAUGGGAGAAACACCAGGAAAGACUUCUACGCAAGCAGGAGAUGUUCAAGUUUGCCCAGGAGACAGUGAAGGCGGAGGCCUGGCUGACGGCCAAGGAGCCGCUCAUCUCCGCCAAAGCUCCGGAAGGAGGAGAGACCCAGGCCCUAACAGACGAAGUUGAGCAGCUCAUUCUCCGCCAUGAGGCUUUCCGCAAGGCUGCCGUAACCUGGAAAGAACGCUUCAGCUCGCUACGCCAGCUUUCCGCAGCAGAGAAGAAAAAAGAAGAGGAGCAAAAGACCACUCCGCUGUCUAGCCGACGGAUGUUCCCCCUGUCUUGUCUGACGUCCAGCCUCCCAUCCUCCAGUGCGGCCUCCUCUUACCUUAGGCAGACAGUCCAAGCCCACAUUGAGCCCAAGCCCAUGCAGAGCAAUCUAGAGCUGGCUGCCACGUCUGCAUCCCAGAGACUGGCCACGGCGAUGGCCAGCUACUCCCCGGUCCUGAAUGGAUCCAACUACCAUGGACUUGAUCAGCAAUGUGGCAGGAAGCCGGAGGGUUCUUCUUACCUCGGCAUGAACCACCUGGCGGCAGCUGGGGUCGGAGAUAGCCCCGGCUACUCAGGGUUGAACCCCCAAAGUGUUGGAGGAGAGAGCUCUGGUUACCUGGGAGUAAACCAUCAAACUGGAGGAGGUGCCGAGGGUUCGGGCUACCUUGGACUCAAUGCUGGGUCUGUAGGCAGCUCAGGCUCCCUCAUGCACAACUACCAAGGCAGUGGCGGGUUUGACGGUUCUAGUCACAUAGUUCCAAAACAUAGCAGCGGCAGUCUAGGAAGGGAGUCAAGCUAUCUACCACAGCAGCAAAACAUGGGCAGUUCUGGGUAUCUUGCACAACAGCAGAAUAUGGGAAGUUCUGGCUAUUUGGCACAACAGCAUAAUUUAGGUAGUUCUGGCUAUUUGGCACAACAGCCAAAUCUAGGUAGUUCAGGAUAUCUGGCACCGCAGCAAAAUGUAGGCAGUUCGGGAUAUCUGGCACAGCAAAAUAUGGGAAGUUCUGGAUAUCUGGCACAGCAACAGCCUAAUCUAGGUAGUUCAGGAUAUCUGGCGCAGCAGCAGCAGCAGCAGCAGCAGCAGCAGCAGCAGCAGCAAAAUGUAGGUAGUACGGGAUAUCUGGCACAGCAAAAUAUGGGAAGUGGAGUUCUCAUGGCGCAAAAUUAUCAAAGUAGUGCAGGAAUGGGCAGUUCGGGUUAUCUAGCACAAAAUCAUUAUGGCAGCGGGAGCCUGGGCAGCUCUGCAUUCCUGGCUCAGAGCGGCGGUAUCAUGGACCCUAAAAUGGCGUAUGCAUGGCAGCACCUUAAGGCAGACUUGCAGCCCAGGAUCAAUCACAUCCACAAGGCAGUGAACCCCCUGCUGGAGGCCAGCAGAAUGCAGAGGGAACAGUACGGGGACAUCCCCAUGGCGGAUAUGUGUCCAGAGUCUGGGCUGGAUCUCCUCCACGGCAGGCUACAGCGGGACCCCCGCGGCAGCCGCUCCGACCCCCAGAUGGACCACCUGAGGAGGGAAAGGGAGUACAAGCUGGGAAGGCAGACAUCCAGCGAGCAAGAGAUCCAGGCCCGGCUUAAUGAGCUGCCCAUGAUCGUCCGGCAGGAGCGCUACCGGAGGCGUGUGGAGAGGCAGUCCUCCAGCGAACAGGAGGGGAAUGGCAAGCCGCGGCUUCAGAGGCAGGACUCCAGCGACUUGGAGGGCUCAGUGAAGGACGGCUCAGUGAAGGGCGACGACAAGCGCUCAGGGGAGAAGAGGUCAACUAUGGCUGAGAUCGUGGAGCAGGUGCAAGAGAGAGAGGCAGCAGAGGCCCGGGGAGAAAACUACCGACCCUCUAGCAGCCUCUCUGCGCCUGUGACUCGCUUCGACGGGCGACCUCGUGCUCGAGACCGCCCCAAGCCAAGGAGGAGGCCCCGUCCGAAGGAACCUGAGGAGUCCAGGCGGUCCCGCUCAGCCCCGGCAACCGGUGCCCCGACGACGCCCCAGCCGCCCUCACACACUGCCCACAAUGAGGGCUUCCUCUACCGCAAGACGGCCACCGCCUCUGACCUGGAAGCCCAACAGAGGAGCCCCAACAGCAAGUCCUGGAUGAACGUGUACUGCGUGUUGAUCGAUGGAAAACUGACCUUUUAUAAGGACGGGAGGUAUCGCACCACAACGUACAACAGCGAGGCUCCUAUUGACCUCUCCAACUGUUCAUUUGACCCCACCAUUGGCUACAAGAAGAAGAAGAAUGUCUUUGUCCUCCAAAUCGAUGAUACAACCAACUUCGUAUUCCAUGCAAAAGAUGAGGAGGACCUGAAAACCUGGACAGCGAACAUCAUCACCAGCUUGGAGGAGCACGAGCAGAUGGCUGGGUGGGACAAGCCGGGGACGUCCUGCACGGACCCUGACCGCUCGGAGCGCAAGGAGAAGUCGGAGGGUGACGCAGACGCGCGAUCCGAGCGCUCCGAGUUUGUGGAGGGCGAGGACAGGUCAGAGAAGGAGAGAUCGGAGAAGGGCGAGGGCUCGGAGAAGCUGGACACUUCGGAGAUCGCCGACAAAGCGGAAGGGGGCGCGGGAGGAUCCAGCACGUCCGGCAAGAGCAAAUGAGUGGAGCGACGUUCCCAAUUCCCUUUUUUUAACUUUACACCCCCCAAUGACAGCAAGAGGGCGAAUGCUAGAGAUGGAUCGGGCGGGGUGAGAGGGGAGGAGAAUGGGGAAUGGGUGUUGGAAGAGGGUUGUUGCUGCGAGGGGGUGUGGUCCUUUUGUUUUUGUUUUUUCCCCCUUUCCACAGCACCGGAACACACUGAGGUCCUCAGACUGACUAUUGUUACUGUGAAAGACUGGCCUUUCCAGUUUCUCCCAGUCAAAGCAGGCAGUACAUCCUUGCUUGCCUGGUGUCCUCUGCCGGUGGAUCUACUAAGAGUUCCCUUGUGGCGACUAAGUCACUUUCUCGUUACAUCAUUGACCCUGAAUCUCUUGGGACUGGUUUCACCGCAUCCCCCUGUAUGUAUCUUUGACUGAUAAUGUAACGCUUUGUCCACCUAGACAACCUGAGAAGCAGCGAAUGAAAUGUCUCACGGUGUUAAAAAGAAAAAAAAACUUUUUUUUUUCAAGCAAUAUACUUUUUUUGGUUAUUUCUUCUCUUUCAUUAGAGAAAGAAAGGGGGAAAUGGAAGAAGAAAAAAAAAGAAAAUGUUGCAAAUAUGAACUGAUGAUUCGUCACAUCCACCUAUUCCAGGCAUCUCUGCACCUUAAACACUCACCACAUCUGUAUACUAAUCCCUCUCUGACAUUUAACCCCAUCACAUGGCAAUCUUUGAAUAUGUUAAUGUAUUGGAAUGCUGGGAUUUCCCAACCUGAGUUUAAAAAGUGUUAACUGAAAUUUCAGAAAAUUUCACCAGUGACUUUUUUGUUUUAUCGGUUCUUCUUAUUGGUUCUUCUUCGUAUGACGAUUAUUUCAAUGACCCAUGAAACCUCUGAAAAAUCAAACCUAUGAAAAAUCGAUUUUAGCCAGGAAACGCUAAGUGUCACAGUGUGACGCGAUGCCUUUGUAUACAUUACAUGUCGUAAAAACCAGAACAUUGCAUGAAAUAGUCUAUUAGUGCGCCUGUUACAGUAAUGCCUUUUUUAUGUUCUCAAAAUAAGUUGAGCAGUCUCAGAAUUGCAAUAAUUUAAUGUGAGUGGGGCAAUAUGUCAUUUGUUAACAUGGUCCUCUUCUCAAAGUUGAAAAAAAAAUGGCUUGUCUUAUCUCCACAGUAAGCAUGAGAUGAAAGGGGGUGUUCUUAGGAUAUAGCAAAAGAAAAAAGUAAAUACUCAUUUAUGUAUGAGAUGAAUGAAUGAAUGGACGGAUGAAUGACAUAGCUGUAUUACCUCAUGCUGUUUGUGUAGUAUUACUGCAGAUUUUUUUUUACGAUCAAAACAAGAUUGUAAUGGCUUCACCAUUGGUUUUGCCAUGCCCAAAAUCCAUCACACCCAGAAAUUAUUACACAGAAGAAAUAACAACUCACCUAUAUAUCUCCUUAAUUUGAAAUACACACAGAUUGGAUAUCGCAGUCAGGAGAGUGUUUAUGUAAAAGUGUCAUGAUUCAACUCAUAAAGUGUAUAUACCUAUCUUUGUAUGUAUACCACUGAAUUCUGUGCUCAAAUAAAAACAGUACUCUGUGCUGAAAAUGGGUAACAAUUUAAAAUAUUUGUAUUAACCUACAUAAGUGAAAUAAAAGGAAAUAUCACUCAAGUAUAAUAUUAAAUGUUUAUUCCAUUGAAAUAUUAAAAGUAUGCAAAUUAGGAUUCACUAUGGAAUAAUAUAGUGUAUGUAAGUACAGCAGUAUCUAGUUGCAUUAAAUACGUUUACCAAGGGAAAGCAGCAGUGCAUAUUCUAGGUAUGCUUGUUGCGUUUUUAUUUUAAUGUCUUCCGUUAUCUUAACCCCACCCCUGCCCCACACAAUCACCUGUGUGGGCCCAAAUAACAACACUGUCCAAAUACCAAGUUGUUCCAAAGUGUGUCUGUCCCAAGGAUGUGUGUUGUAUGUUGUUAGAAUCUACGCGAAAGUCUAAAUAAAAUAGCCAAGGCCACACGCACCCUGAGAUUGUUUUUUUUGUGAUCAAAUAGAGAAAUAUACUCCUCGCCUCUUGUUUUGUUUAACGUUAUGGUGUAGUGAUUCAUGGCCAGUGACUUUAACAACACUUUAACAGGUUGUCGGCCUACUUGAAUUUAACUCAACACAGAGUAUCGGUAGCAAUGGAUAUAUUUUUAAACGCUGGCAGCAUUUUGACAAGAUAUAAGUAAUUCUAAAUGCAUCUUUGGUUUCCAAACGAGCAUUCAAAUCUCAAUAACAGACAUCCGAUGUGAGACAACGGAUGCAGACAUAUGUGAACUCUUUGGAACCACAGUAACAAUGUUUCUGUGCAUAUUAAUGUCUACUUCCAAGACGUGAUUAUAUGCUAUAACAUGAUGUGAUGUUAUGCAGAUAUGCCAAUAUUACAGUGUUUUGAGUGAUAAACAUACGAGCCAUUUUGUGUAUUUUUUUUACUUGACACAUGUCAUUGCAAUAGAGUUUUUUAUAUUUCAUAACAUAAGCUCUAGUAUUUUCUUGUGUUACAUUGGUGUGCACAUUUAAAUACCCAUUGCGGAUAUUUUGUUGAAUCUCCCAGUGUGCGCUAUGUUGUUCCAUCAUGUUACUUUUACAGAACACACGGGGGGACUAUCACGUUGUAUAUACAGUGUUCAGUGAGGACCGAUGUUGUACCAUUCCUUUUCUAAUAUUAUUUAUCUCACUCAUGGGUCGUUUUGCAGUGUGUAUGUCUUUGUUUCCUUACAUUACAACUUGCUGCUAUGACAUUGAAUAAACUUCCAAACUUGCUGAUGCAAACUCGAUGUGGACAUCACAUUGUCCUUCUGGCUUGAUAAUAUACAACAAUUAAAUUCAAUUUGAUAAAAAAAACACACAUUGAAUUCCGUGUUCGAACCUUGCAUUGGUUUGAUCUUUCAGAGUAGGCCUAUACGCUGAGUCUUCCCCAACUCACCCCUCCCCCCCAACCCUGGUGACAAAUACUACAGUAGUAUUUACACAACCAGCCACAGCUCCACCAACCACAGUUCAGAAGUGAACAUCUUGAUCUCUAUACAGUCUAAACAGUCUCCAUGAGAUAGUAGUUCUUCCUAUCUCAUGGAGCCAACCAAUCAUGUUGGGUCAUGCUUCUGGAGCCAACCAAUCAUGUUGGGUCAUGCUUCUGUAGCCAACCAAUCAUGUUGGGUCAUGCUUCUGGAGCCAAACAAUUAUGUUGGGUCAUGCGUCUGGUGUUAUAGCAAUGUGAUAGGGCCAUCAUCGCGUGGAGACACUUCACACUACAAGUAGUAAUCUGAAUGUUAAAAAAAAUCCAUGGAAGGAAAUAGUGUCUUUUACAUGUGCUUUUCAAGUGUUAAACACCCCUACUCCACCUGGAAAUAGGUAGUAGCUUACACUUUGUAUGAAUGACCAAGCUGUGGGGCGGCCCAUCAUUGGAGGAAUGUCACCCAGAGAGGGCUGUUUUAUCCAAAGUUGUACAUGUCAAGGGGUUACACACAGUGCUUGAGAACAUUAUGCUUGAGAUAUUUGCUUCUGUACAUACAGGAAUUGGUACGAUACGAACAUUUUGCGCUGUAAUUAUGGCUUUCUUAUAGCAACCAAUGAAACGCCGUAUCCCAACAUGAGCCUACAUGCAGUUUUCAAUAAAAUGCGAGUGGACAUGUUGAAUAAUUGAUGGUGUGGGGGUAAGAAAAGAAAAUUCUCAUGCAACUUUUGUUUUGCACUAAAGUACAGCCCCAUACACAGUGUGAAACGUUAGUGGUGAUGCAGGGUCUUCUCAAUAAUAAUAAUAAUAAUAAUAAUAAAAAAAACAUAUGUAUACAGUAUUGCACAAAGUCUGCACAACUCAAUGUAUGUUUUAAGAAUGUACAUUUUAAUUCUAAUUUGUUUAAUGAAUGAUCGAGUAACAUUUGCCAAUAUCUGUCUGUGGAAACAUAAUGGAAAUAUGGUAUUGUCUCAUAAACUCUAUUCAUCCCUUAA